AUGAUUAACGACUACUUGGAGUAUGGGCACGUCCUCACUAAAUACGACAAUAUCAUCAGCGAAUUGAAAGUAGGUGUGUGCUUGCUCAACGUUACCUUGCGCAAUAAUCCUUUCAAUUUGUCCACUCGAGCCAAAUUGUACAUUAUCACCGCUUGUGCUUAUAUCGUCUUUGGUGCGUUCGUUUUUGGCCUUACCACGUGUCAGUCGAUCAUGCAAUUUAUUCGCGCGUUUAGCACGCACAAGGACAGCAGCGUUCUAGCCGGGGACACUCGAUACAAUCCGGACAAUCUGCUACACGCUGGACAUGUGAAAUGA